AUGCUUCUCUGCCAAGUUGUGGAGCAGAUCGUCCCUCUUGUAGGCGCUGGUCCAACCGAUCGCCAACCUCAAGAUGACAAUGGAAGCGACGCAGGCGCGGUUGAAAGCGGGGACGACCUCGAUCCAGCCGAGGAAGAAGAGCGCGAUGAAGUCUUGUCUGGUACCGCCCAAGCCAGAGGUGGUGACGUAAUUAGCCAGUACGCACAGCGCACGGCUCUCGAGGGCCCAUCUACACCAACUACCCAGGUUGAGGGCACCAUUAUGACCGAUUCGGGUCCUAUCGACGCCAGCUUAGCCGCUGACUUCCAUCUAUCUGCUGACGAAUCAUCUGAAGACGGCGAUGCUGAAGACGCCCGUGAAGCCGAGGAGAACGAAAAUCUCAGCAACGCCAGCAAUCGCCUAGGCGGGCAAGACUUGCGCAACAUGUUGAACGCCAACGGUAAGCGUUCUCCAGCCGAAGGAGCUAGGACGGAUGGAGCAACUAACGGCGCUACGUAUGCGAAGGGCAAGCGGGUUCGCGUUAAACAGCGCCUUGACGAAAUCGGAAAGGACGUUGAUGCCCUCGAGCGACAGCAGGCCACUUCCAACGGAGGGCUGAUGAGCAUGCUUCUAGUCCUUCAAAAAGACAGCGACCGACGCGCGGAAGCAGAGGAGCGACGACGCAGAGACGAGAGAGGAGAACGACUGGAAAUUGAAAAGAGAGAGCGCGAAGAGAGAGAAAGAGCUCGGCAGGAAGAAGCGAGGGCUGCAGAAUCCCGUAGACAUGACGAGAUCGAGGCUGCUCGUCUUCAACGAGAGGAGCUUCGCCGCGAGGAAGCCGCACGCCAGACCCGGCUUGAACUCGAGCGCGAAGAGAGUAAGCGUCGCUUUGAGGAGAGGAUGGCUCUCGAUCGUGCCGAGGCGAGGCAGCGUCAUGAGCAAAUGAUGCUUGUGCUGAAGAACAUGCUGCCGAAGUAA